ACAAACUAGACAUUCAAAUCAAAAAAGAAAUCAACCUUUGAUAUCAUAGUACUUACACAGCUAGUUAGUUAAAACCAAAAGCAAAAAAUUGACUUUGGAUAAAAUUGUUGGAAGAUAAUAGAUCAAAAUAAGAAGAUAAGGUUGUGAAAGUAUAAACAGCAGUUUGGAAACACCACAGGGGAAAUUCACAACCUUGAAAUAAUGGGAUUCUUUCAAAGAGACUGACCAAACAUGCAAACUUAUUUUUGACAAACUUUGACACAUAGAUUAGAAGUGUUAAUCAUUUUUGACAUGCAAGAGAUAAUUGGCCUCCAACUACUUUAAACAGUUACAUCUGGUAUGCUGACAUAGUGAACCAGUUACAUGAUCAACAUUGCAUAGUUCAGUUGUUUUACGAAAAUAAACUAUAACAGCAAUAUAGUGGUUUACCGGAUAAACGAUCUGUUCAACUGUAAAAAUCAAAGCAUAAACAUCAAAGAAACAAGGAGUACAUGUACUUACAUGUGUGUUUUGGAUGACAUUAUAAACACAUGUAACAAUUAGUUGGGAAUGACAUUUUGAAACUUGGAAUAUCUUCAGCUGUUUUGAUAUCGACACAAAGUUCAAAAGUAUUGACACCAGGAAAGGAUUCAACAGAGACAACAGGAUUAAUAGAGAUAUUGCUAUUACUAGGAUUGAAAGUACAAAACACCAAUAUCUAAGAGGAAAAUAAACUGGAAAAAAUUUAGUUAAAAAGUCUGCUAUAAAAAUUCAAAAACCAAUCCAAUUUCAGGAACUGCGACUUAAGUUUUAAUACCUUUGGCAGUUAAGGGUUAAUUGAUUGGUAUAAAUUAUCCUGAUUGCAAAGACAAAAGUGUGCCUCAAGAAUUCUAUUCAAAUAGUGUUGAACUAGAACACAAUACAUUAAGAGCUCAGAGAGAAUAACUGGCGUGUGCCGUAUACUAAACAUCUGUCAUGGACUACUUCUGAUUGGUUAAUACCUCACCUCAGCGGUAAUUUUGAAACAGCUUGUUCUGCAUAUAGCAAUCAAAGCGGAGAGCAAUAUUUGAGCUGUAUAUUAGAUAGAAGAAACACUGCAAUCAGCAUUCAUCGAAUCAAGUGAUCAUAAAAUCUCCUGGAUUGGCAGUAUAUUGGUAAACAUCCACCACAAUACAGCCAUUAUCGACAAGUACACUAGUGAAAGGAAAGCAGAAAGCUUGGAUUCAGGAUUUUCUGGGAUUGGUUUAUCAUGUUUAUACUGUAAAUAGCUAUACAUGUAUAUCGCAUGAUGUAAACAUCAAUACCUACUUUCAACCUGGAUUUACAAAUAUAUACAGAAUCAGGACUAAGUCUAUAAUAAACACAAAGGCAGGUGCAAGCCUAUAUUCAACAUACCAUUAUAUUAUUAUAUAUUAUUGAAUAGAAGACAUAGCUUCACUUGAAUCAACAAUUGGACUUUAACGAUUGGCCGAUUGGUUUUCCACUAGAUUAUAUAAGGAGGGAAUACUUUGAACUGAUUGAUUAUAGCAGUUUAAUAGGUACCAACUUCAGUUUGAGAGAUAACUAGGUGAAGAUUGAAAGACAGUAGUUGAAUGAUCAAGGGAUCUCGAGAUUAAUACUAGCUAAUUAAAACACUAUUGCAGAUAUCAUUCUCUUGGGUACUUGUAUCUUCAAUAGCAUCAAUAUCUCAACAAACGAUCUAUAUCUAUUCACGAUUUGGUGAGAACUUGGCCGAUAAUUCUACAAACGAACCAGGCGGGAUUUGGAACCAGUAGAGCUAGAAGAUUAUACACAUUUAAAAUAAGAUCAAGAGAGAUAUGAGAAAGUAGUCACAUGAAAUUCGAUCCUGAGAAAUUAGCGGAACAUUGCUCCUAAGUGACUAAUAGGUACUAGCUGGGACCAGAACUUAGACAUUUUCCAGACUCCAAGAGGUAUCUAUAACCCAUGUUAUCUUAACUGAUGAGAGGUGCGAAAGCAAUGUUUGGUUAGUAUCACAUGCUUAAGGUCUGACCUCUACACAUCUUCAUUAAAGACUCCUGGUUAUUUGCUCUGCUAAGACACUAUAGAAGAUUUACAAGACAUUUGUAUUUGGUUCGAUUGAUACAUAUAGGGAUUCUAUACUACAUGAUUUGGACUGUCAUAACACACCAUGUAUAUGGAUAAAAUAUGGAACGGCGUCACAACUGAUACGUCAUCAAGUUCCGAAUGCACAUCACACUCAGGAUCUGCUGGUUACUCUCAUAGAGGGUCUUCAAUUGACAUACCCCUGUGUUCACUGCGAAGACCUGCCCAUUCUAGGGACUCCUUAGAUUCAUCGUCAGAAGACGAGAUAUAUCAUCAAAAUCGUAAUAUACUUUCCAUGCGCAACAAUAACACUAUGCCUUGUAUGCUAUUCGCAGACCGCCAAAAUUCAACUGUUGCUUAUAAGGAGAGCAGGACACGGACUGCAAUGGUGCAAUCAUUUAGAGGUCAAUUGAAGCUGUCAGUUUACAUGAACUGCGGUCUGCUAACCAUACACAUUGUCCAAGCUCGUGGCCUAACAAACAAAACAAAAAGUCAAUGCGAUUCUUAUAUAAAGAUGUCGCUGUACCCUGAUGAUGCCAAAAGAACACAUUGUAAAACAGAGAUGGUCUACGAGACUAACAACCCAGUAUAUGACGAGAAGUUCUCUUUUGAGCUACUGGACGGAGACAAGAAAAAACGAUUGCUGAUAUCAAUCUGGCACAGAGACAUUAAAAAAGAACGCAGUGAGUUCCUUGGUUGUAUGUCAUUUGGGCUGAAGCAUCUCUUGGCCACAAGCAGAACAAUCACUGGCUGGUACUACUUACUGACAGAGGAUAUAGGACGCAAGAAACAUCUACGUGCGACAGAAACAACAGUUCCAACUCAGCCACCACUUCCACAGAAAAAAGUACCCUCAAAUAUACCACCAGUGAACAAAGAUGUCUUGUGGAUGGAAUCAAUUACACUUGUGAUUGGUCGAGGCAGGAAGGGUUAUGGGUUUACAGUGCUCGGCUCAAGCCCAGUUAGAAUAGGGCGUGUUGACGAAGGAUCCCAAGCCCACAAGCAAGGCCUGGAGAAAGGAGAUUGUCUAGUGAGAAUCAACGGUCAAAAUGUGUCAAGGUCAUCAGCGGAAAGCAUUGUUCGUAUAAUCAGACUGUCGACUAAACAAAUUGUCUUGGAUGUCCAACGUGCCAGAACUGUCACAGAUAUUCCAGAACCUCAUGUUACAUUAAUGGACAACGUAGACCGCAACCAAAAUAUUGAAAAAUUCAAAAUGGCUGAUGACUGUAAAGAAAAUAUGGUAAAGCACGCUGGGAUUAGUACAGUGCCACCUAUUGGUACCCCUAAGAAACUGAUGGAUGAAGAGAGAAGAACACAGAGCGAGCCAAACCUUGAAGCCUUAAACACAUCAUCGGUGCCACAGAUCAUGAUUGCAUACCAGGACUUAACUGAGCAGGAAAGGAUGCGACAGCAAGAUAUCAACGAUCUAAUAACACUAGAGCGAGAGUUUGUGAUGUCAAUGCAGCAUGGUAUCCAACGAUUUUCCAGACCUUUACGGCAUCGUUUAAUCUCCCCACACGAACACGCAACACUCUUUCAAAACAUUGAAAAGUUAGUGCUUAUAUCAGAAUGUCAUCUGCGGCAGCUACGAGAACAGUCAAUUCUAUACUCUGAUGUCCCCGACCAGACAAUCGGAUUUGUGGAUACUGUAGGAGGAACAUAUGUACAUAAGAUCCAGGUCUUAUGUGAUGCAUAUGAGAUCUACAGUCGAGGAUUGCGGAGGGCCGAAUCACUCCUCGCAGAUUUGAAAAAAUACAAUGAGUUCAACACAUUUCUGCAGGAACAAGAUUCCUUCAACCAGAAGCUGAUGCUUGAGGAUUUUAUACGACAGCCAAUCUUAUUUAUUCGUCAAUUCUACCGCCAAAUCAACGUGAUAGCCUCCAGCACUGCUGAGCUGCAUUACGAUUUCAUUGACUUAGACAAUGUAGUACAAGCCAUGGAGCAAACCUGCCAAAUUAUCCACGAACAUUUAACAUUGCGGCCAAGUAGUACAAGCGGAGGAUCAACGGGGUCACUCAGCCAAGGACAGAUGUCACAGGAAAAUACUGGGGAUUCUGGGAGUUCAAGGUCACCGCCCGAAGCUCCCUGUCCAUCAAGAACGUCUACUCAGUCAAUCCAAUCUACAUCGUCAUUGGAUUCAGAUGUGUUGGACAUACAAUCCAAACUUAUCUUUUCGUCAUCUGUACCUGCAUUCACUUUGUCCACUCCUGGAAGACAUUUGAUAUACUCUGGUGACCUCCUAUACACUGAAAACAGAAAGUGGAUCAAGCUUAAUGUUCUACUAUUCAGCGACUUGAUUCUCCUGACAAAAAUGCAACAAGAUGGCCGCUACGCUGUGAUAGACGAACCAUUGAAUUUACAUGAGGUUCGAGAGAUGGAUUUCGAUUGUGAACAUCCUGCCGAAUUUGAAUUGGUAUCAGAACGAGGCAGUCACGAUUAUUACCUAAACUGGAAUGCACGCGUCGUGACAUUACGUGCACCAACAACUGAACAGAAAUGUACGUGGAAGAGUCUAUUAUCGCAAAGAAUCUCCACUUCUUGUCGCUCAAUCCCACAUGAGUUGUCCACUGAACGGGUAGGCCAGCUCGCAAUAUUGUGAUGUAACCCUACUGCAGAUGACAUAGUGAUCACAUGAUCUUGUGUACAUCUAAUGAACAUUUUCGAUUAAAUGUCAUUCUGGUUUAUUUCAUGUAACAUCAUGUGAUCACUGUGCUAUUUAAAGGAGGUUUACAUGUAAUAUGAUGUCAUAGUAUUGUGAUGUCAGAUGUCAGUGCAUUUUGAUGUCAUGUAUCAGUUCAGUGUUAGUCAACAUAGAAUGAACAUUGUUGCAAUAAAAGUUGCCAUAAUACCUCUGCCCCAAAAAGUGGGCACCAAAACUUUGAAUCUGCAUAUUUAUUCUAUUAUAUGUGUAUAUAAGUAUAUAUGUACAAAGCUCUAUUUUAAUUGUAUAUAAUUUGUACAUAUAAUGCGAACUAAUGACUGCCCAAAUAUGCAAACGGCCUUGUAUCUCUCACAAUUGUAUUGAAAAUGUAUAUAGAAUUAAUUCUUUUGUUAUAUGAAAAUAUUUCAUAUUCCUAUCAAAAGAUGGCUGUAGUGUAGAAAAAAUGAUGUUAUUCUAGAAUGGAAUUGUUGUUAACAAAUUGAAUGAAAGGUGAUUGAUUUAGAAAUUAGGAUUUGAUACCUACGAUAGUAAAAUAACAUGUCUGUAGGCGCCACAUUGGGUUGUACUUUUAGCUGAUGGCUGAUAGAUAUUACGACUUCAAGGAGGCUUUAUUGUGCCUUUUUAAAAUAACUUCCCAGUUGAUUGCUGCAAUUUAUGAAUUUUUUUUUUUUUGUAUAAGUGUAAGAGUAUUUCACAUAGACUUUCAAUUGGAAUAUUUUCAAUAUAUAUACGUUUUUAAUUAAUUUAUGUGUGCACUUAGUGCAUUUGUUUUCACCCUAUGUGAUGUCUUUAAUUUUUGUCACACUGUGUCAUGUCACAUCAAAUCACGUCACAAGUCACAUCAUUUUAUGUCAUCCUUUUAGAUAAGCUAACGUUAAGAACAUUAAUUUUGCUUUCUUUUUAUUUCAUUUCUAACAUCAGAAUUCUGGUGAUAUUUGUCUUCAUGCAAUAAAUUAGAGCUAAAUAUCUUUUUUAUCAUUAAUUUACCUUAUUAUAGAAACCACAGUUGUAACAAUAUUACAGUCAGAAUAAAUAGGUUUAUAUUGAUGAAUAAACCGCAACUCGGACGUGCUUUUGUCAAGGAAUCAAUUCUUAAUUGUGCCGUGUGUUUAUUCAGCAAUCUAUAGCUAGUGUAUUACAUGCACAGUCUUCUGCUCAGACUCUAGAAAUACUCCUGCUUUGUGUUUAUACACAUGGGUCAGUUACUUGUGUUUGGAGGCUGUGCGAUGGACUGUAUGUUUGACACAUUCUCAUUGUUCACCAUUGUUUAUGUACUUGUUUGUGUUCAUGAUUUACUUUGUUAUGUAUUAGUACAUAUAGAUAUGUUCACUGUAGUAUAAGACAUUGUAGGGUUACCAUUUGCAAUCAUUUUCAAAUUUGCUGAGCCUGGGAUCUUGUACUCCUCCUCAUACACACAGGGUGUCCUCCCAAAACCUUCACGCAAGAAUAAUUAUGGCCUCUUGGUCCUUGCAGAAGUCCAAAUACUUUGAAAGAAUUAUGUUAAUUAAACGCUGAUGCGCUGCUUCUCCAAGACAUUGCUAACCACCCUAUAGGUUCCAAAAUCAAUAUGCAUAGAUCAAUUUCAAAGUUUUAAAGGAAAUUCCCGAUCCUUCCUGUAUAUUCAUAGUUGGAUGUGAAGAGGAUGAUUGCUAAUGAAAUUUAUUGCAAAUGUUGAGUCUACAGGUCAUCGAAACCCUACGCUGUAGUUAGUCAAGGUAGCGUUUUAGCUGUCCUUUGGUUUAUUUAUUAUUGUUUUUUAUGUAAUAUAUGUAAAUAAAUUGUACAUAGUUGCAUGAAUCAAAAUAGAUAAUUAUUUAAACUAAA